CACCAGAGUCCUGCCUGGUUGUAUCUGAAGUGGGAAACUCAGUUCCAUAUCAAGUGCUGAAGGAUAAUUUAUUUUUCAAGGGGCAGUUGGAGUGUCUCAGCUCUGGGGCUGGGAGCUGAGCUGUUCCAGAGGGCUCUUUGAACUGGUGCUCACACCCCUCUCGGCCUGAAGGAGCCCUUUAAUGGCUCGGGUUUCCAGGGACACUUGGAAAACCCUUAUAAAACCAGCAAACAUCCCAGCUGCUCUUUCCAGAUCCACACUUUUACCCACCAAAACACAGACAUGUUUUCAGCUGUGCCCUUGGAAGUUCACCCACUUCCAAUAACAGACCUGAGCUGACACUGGGCUGAACUCACAACCUCCUGCCACAGCCACGUUGCAAUAUCCCUGUUCAGGGGCUGUCCUGACACUUUUGGAGCUCCAAGUGAAGGGGUUGAAUGUUUUUUCUUCCCCAUGUUAGAUGAAUGAAGCUCCCUUAAAUUCUAUUUUAUAAUGGAAUUUUUAAACCUUUCUGUGAUGAGUUUUUCCCUUCCCUCAAGACAUUGCUGAAUUCUGGGUGCAGAAUCAUUCACACUCAUUGCUCAGUGAUCUGAAUCUCAACCAGAGGUGAUAAUCUAAAAUCCCAAAGCAUUUAAAACACAUUAUUGUGUUCAUAUCUUAUUUUAUCCUAUUAACACUGACCAGGAGAUAUUUUGAAGCAAAUUGCUCAAGAUUGUACCAAAAUUUCCUUUGUACCAAUUUCCAUUCCUUUGGUAGGGCCAGGUUUCCACCGCAAUGAAAAUAUGAAGAACCCCAGUUCAGUGAGCCUGCACUUGGCAGGCUCUGAGCCUUUGGUGGGAAGUUGCCUAAUUAGCACCAUGAAAUUUGAGUUAAUAUUUUAGGAAUUCACUCCUUUUUCACCUCUGCAGCUGACUCAAGAUGACGACGGCCACACCACUGACCAAUAACACUCAGCUCUCGGUGAAUGUGACCACAAAGUCUCAAGAACAAAGUCUCUAUCAAAGUUCUGGAGCAAUAAUUGCUGCCAUCGUGGUGGGGGUGAUUAUUAUUUUCACAGUGGUUCUGCUCAUCCUGAAAACAUACAACAGGCGCAUGAGAGUGCGGCGGGAGCUGGAACCCAAAUCCUCCAAGCUGGCAGUGCCACCUCCUGUGGGGCACAACAGCCACAGCCUGGCCCAGCAGCCCUCGGUGACCUUCAUCCCUGUGGACAUCCACCUGCAGAGCAGGUAACCGGGAACACUGGCCCUUCCUGCCAGAGAAGAGAUGGAAUUGUUAUCCCAUGGACCUGGGGCUCCUCAGCACAGCUGCACUGGGAACAGCAACCGGCUCUUACUCCCUCUGUAAAAUGAUAUAAAUCCUGGUUUCUUUCUUUGGGAGAAAAAAAACCCCAGAGGUCUGGACACUUUUCUUAUGACUGAAAUAACAAGUGGAAGUCCAGGAAUCAUCAGGAUGGCAGCGAGGUCUCUUCUGGGUCUGGAUAAACCAAGAAGAGAAGAUGCCCAGGUGUUGUGGAACUUUUGUUUCCUCAGAGACUUUGAACCCUCUCUGUUCUGCUGAUAAACAGUAGGAAAAGUCUGGACAUGCAACCUGAGCUUGUUAUGAGUUACAUGGAAGAGGUUUGUGGUUUAUUUUAUAUCUGAUGGGUAGUACAGGAGGUAUUGAAAUUGUAUUUAUCUUUACUCAUAUUUCAUGUUUCUACUGCCACAUGUGUACAGGUUAAGGAAAAAAAUGUUACUUCUUGUUUACAAGUAUUUUUAAACUAUUUCUAUAAACUCUGUAACUCUCUGUUUCCAAAGGAACUCGGUGUCUGGGGGGUUUUGCUCUCAAUUCAGGUUCAUGGCUAGAGCUGUGUUAGAAUGCUUUGUCUUACACAAAAUCUGAGUUCUUUAACUGAAAAAAAUAAGCAUGGAAAUAGAAAAUAUCAGCUUGGAUAAAGCAAGGGAGGCUCUGUGCAGCCCCAAUGUGCUGCUCACCCUGCAAGGCUUUGUACUCUGGUGCAGCCCAAUUAUUUUUAGCAAUUUUUUAUUCUCGAAACCAACCCAGAGUGAGGUUGUUUUGUGAGGGCUGUGGGUGUGCAGCAGUGGCACAAAGGAAUUCCCAGGGACACUCACAGCCCACGGGGUAGGAACACAGAGCAGCAUUGUCAGACACUGACUGGCAGAUUGUCUGAGAUUUUGUAUUUCAUAUUUUUUCCAAUAAGCUUGGAUCUCUUGAGCAGGUCAGUUUAACUAACUGGUAAUUUUUAUUGUGCAGAAACUAAAUUCAAUCACUUUGCAAUAUUCUUUUUUGGCUGAAACUGAAGCAUGGUUUGGAUUCCAAACCAAAUAUUGAGACAGCUGUUUGUGAAGUUUAUGAAUCUCCUCAUAAAUAUUUCUCUUGUCCUGGUUCUCUACCUUAUUUUUUGUGGCAGGGAGUAUUGAUUUAAUAAUUCAGAAGGGAAAGCAGAUGCACAUCUAAUUUUUUCCCAAAAAAAUAUAAAGGGGUUGAUUUUCUGUUU